GCCCGACCCCCAUGGCGUCGAAGCAGAUGGAGGAGAUCCAGCGGAAGCUGUCCGUGCUCGCCUACCCGCGCGCCAACGCCCCCGCGCAGUCCCUCCUCUUCGCUGGCGUCGAGCGCUACCGCCUCCUCGAGUGGCUAUUCUUCCGGCUCCUAGGCGACAGAUCGCCGUUCACGCAGCAGAACUGGCAGGGGGACAGCCUCGACCGCGACGAGGAGAACAACAGAAUCCAACACUUAGCGGGGAUAGCGAAUUUUCUAGGCGUCACGCCUUCGGUUGACACCGAAGCGAUUCAGGGUAGAGGCAGCUAUGAGGAGCGGGUGGAUCUGCUCCGUCUCAUUGUCGAUCUAGUGGAAGCUAGUUGCUACGCUGACAAUCCAGAAUGGAGAGUUGAUGAGCAAUUGGCAAAGGAUGUGCAACUUGUAGAUUCAAUCGCGGAGAAACAGGCCCAAACUUUUUCAGAGGAGUACAAGCUCUUUCCUGCAGAUGUUCAAAUCCACUCAGUUUACCCCUUACCUGAUAUAGCAGAACUGGAGUUGAAGCUCUCUGAAUUUACCAAAAAGAUGUCAAAUUUGCAACAAAUGGUUCAAGAGUUGGCAUCUAAGAUCUUCCAACAUCGUCUCGCCGAUGCAAUGACAGCUGGGGCUGGAGGCGUCGGGCACCUGAGGGGCAAGGGCAAGUAGGUUAGAGACUCAAGGGCGUCGGGUGACUGGACGAGAUGGGUUGGGAUAAAUAUUUUUUGGGUGUGCCUCGGCCCACCUGAUAACCCCUCUAGAUCUGCCCUUGGGUUGCUCGAAUGAUGUUGAAUAUGUAUGGGAUGAUUUACCCGGAUAAGAUGAUUUUGGAUGAGAUGGUGCAAAUAGGAUGUUUGGUUGCUUGUACAAAAUGAUACAUGUUUUCGUUUGGUUGGUUUUAUAGGAUUUUAUG